AUGGCUGUCCGUUGCCAAUUCGAGAACAGCAACGAGAUUGGUGUCUUCUCCAAGCUCACCAAUUCUUACUGUCUUGUGUGUGUGGGUGGGUCUGAGAAUUUCUACAGUACAUUCGAGUCGGAACUGGCCGACCAUAUCCCCGUGGUCCACGCGAGUAUCGCUGGCUGCCGCUUUGUUGGCCGCGUAGCCGUGGGUAAUAAGCGCGGCUUAUUGCUGCCCAGUACCACCACAGACCAAGAAAUGCAGCAUAUUCGGAACGCUUUGCCCGAUUCAGUCGUGGUGCAGCGUGUGGAGGAACGACUUUCGGCUUUGGGAAAUUGUAUUGCCACGAAUGACCACGUGGCGCUCGUGCACACGGAUUUGGACCGUGAGACAGAGGAAAUUGUGGCUGAUACACUCGGUGUCGAGGUCUUCCGUCAGACGGUGGCAGGCAACGCUCUCGUGGGCAGCUACAGUGCGCUGUCCAAUCAGGGAUGCCUUGUGCACCCGCGCACGAGCGUUGAGGACCAGGAGGAGCUGAGUUCAUUGCUGCAGGUGCCUGUCGUGGCCGGUACAGUGAACCGUGGUAGCGACGUCAUUGGUGCUGGUCUUGUCGUGAAUGACUGGACCGCUUUUUGCGGUCUCGACACUACGUCUACUGAGAUCUCAGUGGUCGAGAGCAUCUUCAAGCUUCAGAACGCUCAGCCGACUUCCAUUGCGACGACCAUGCGCAGCGCGCUUAUCGACUCUAUGACCUAA